AUGGCGAUUCGGACCUCAGCGAUACUGGUACCAUCCUUGGACAGGUUCACUGCUGGUGCCACUCAUGGGGUUAAUGUCAACAGCGAUUAUCGAGUUGAAGAUGGGUCUUCCAACGGUGCAGAUAGAGCUGCUGGCGCCUGUCCCCCGGGAUUGGUUCAGUUCCAGACUUCAUGCUACAAGAUUGAGGCCCAAGCCAAGAAGCAGUGGUCCGAUGCAAAGAAAGCAUGCGAGGCUGAACGGUCCCACUUAGCUGUAAUCAUGACAACUGAGGAAAACCAGUUUGUGAAGAAAGAACUCAUGAAGCGACAAAUAACUUGUGUGUUUGAGUUGAGUCAUGCUUACAUGCAGUUCUGGAUGGAUGGUAUCGAUACAGCCACAGAGGGGACAUGGGUCUGGGAAAGCACUGGAGAAUUGUAA